AGUCGCGCUCAGCUCAGUCAGCUGACUCGGGCUCCGGGAAUGUGUUAGCCGUCAACAGCCGUUUCUUGUGUUUACUAUGCGGUAACUCGCUACUGUCGGCUGUGAAAUGGAGCGGUACGGGUCUGACACGGAGGGGGACGAGCAGGAGAAGCCGCUGCUUCACCGGAGACACGAAGACGAAGUUCAGAGAGCUCCAAUAUGUUGCUCCUCACGCUACGGCCUGGCGCUGCUCUCCUGUUAUGGCUUCUUUGUGGUUUACUCUCUGAGGGUGAACCUUAGUGUGGCCAUGGUGGACAUGCUGAACAGCACCCAUCAGUCCAGUGCCAACCACAGUGGCUCGGUGUGCCCUCCUCAUACCAGCCCUGCUCGACCCAAACACAACCACACAGCCAGUGUGUACAACUGGAACUCUGAAACUCAGGGCUGGAUCUUGGGUUCCUUUUUCUAUGGCUACAUCCUGACACAGAUCCCUGGGGGCUACCUGGCUGGCCGUUUCGGACCCAAGUGGCUAAUGGGCUUUGGAAUCCUGGGAACUGUAGUUUUUACACUACUCACCCCUGUGGCUGCUGAUCUGGGCGCUAGCUACCUGAUUGUUGUGAGAGUGCUGGAGGGUAUUGGUGAGGGUGUCACAUUCCCUGCAAUGUACACCAUGUGGGCUGCGUGGGCCCCUCCUCUGGAGAGGAGCCGACUGCUCACCAUUUCAUACCUUGGAGCCCAGUUGGGAACGGUCAUAGCUCUUCCUCUGUCUGGUGAAAUCUGCUUCUACCUGGACUGGACCUACGUCUUCUACAUCUUUGGUGCUUUUGGCUUGGUGUGGUUCAUCAUGUGGGCUCUUCUCGUCUUUGACACUCCCAACACUCACCCACGAAUAUCAGAGCGGGAGAGACUCUAUAUCACCACAUCACUUAAAAACGAGCUGUCCACCUCAGCAAGCUACAUUCCCUGGCGAGCCAUCGUGACUUCAAAGCCACUGCUGGGCAUUGUUGUGGCUCACUUCUCUUACAACUGGACCUUCUACACUCUCCUCACUCUGCUGCCAACCUACAUGAAUGACAUACUGCGAUUUAGCAUACAGCAGAAUGGGAUACUGUCCGCUCUGCCAUACUUGGGCUGCGCCUUGAUGGCUGUGCUUAGCGGCCAAGUUGCUGAUUACCUGCGAGAAACAUGCUCCUACUCGACCGUGGCUGUUAGGAAGUCCUUCUCUCUGAUUGGCAUGAUCGGGCCAGCCGUGUUCCUGGUGGCAACAGGCUACACAGGCUGCGAUUACACCUUAGCCGUUACCUUCCUCACUAUCUCCUCUUCUCUGGGUGGAGUGUCGGCCUCUGGAUUCAACAUCAACCAUCUUGACAUCGCUCCAUCGUAUGCUGGUAUACUAUUGGGAAUCACCAACACCUUUGCCACCAUACCAGGAAUGGUGGGACCGGUUAUAGCAAGAGCACUAACCCAAAACAACACCAUAGAGGAAUGGCAGAUCGUCUUCUACAUCGCUGCUGGCAUCAACCUGUUUGGAGCAAUAUUCUACACAGUGUUUGGGCAAGGGACGGUGCAGCACUGGGCUGUCCACACAUCUUAUUCUCAUGGAGACUGAGGCAAGAGACGAGUAAACUCAUCCAGUUAAGUCUCAACUACUGGCUUAUUCAGCGGGCUCUCAGCGAGGUGCAGCUGUGCUGAUUUUCCUCAUAGCACAGCUUACUGUGGGUAACCGCCAUGAUUCUGUCAGGGAUGUUCUUUAUUAUGUCUGUAGUUUAGUUAAAAGAUAAGCUCACAGUCACGGCAAUGUAAGCAGACUGUAGCAUUAAUUAAUCAAAGAGUAUUGAUGACAAAAAAAUGUUCUUCAUAAGCAAAAUACUAAAUAUUUAUUCCCCUAAGAGUCAGCUAAAUGAAGCCGAGUGCGCUGGCUACAUUUAAUGCAACGUUUCCAAUCAGUUACACAGCGACAGGCUUUUUAUUUUUAUUUUAUGGUCCCUCAGUGAUGAAGGUCCAAUAACCCUGGAAACUUGUGGGUCAUUUAAACUACCCAAACCGUGUGCCUCCAUGGUCAAUCUGUGGUAGAAAUUAUUCCAGUUUAGUUAAUUUGUUUUUCAGGUUGUGUUCAAAGUUUUGUUUUUUAAAAUCGGGAACUUCAAUAAUCUUAUCAGGUUAUCAGAAGAAAGUUUUUCUUGCACCUGUGGAUAAAGUUCAAAAUAACACAAUGUGCUAUUUUGCAACCCGCACCAAAGUGCUAGGAAGUAUUGAUAAAGAUUUUCCCUAAAAAGAACAUCCAUCCCAAACUUCACAGCAUGUAAAACUUUAGGAUUUGCCUUCGUUAUUUUAAUGUUGUUUUAUGUAGUAAAGGGAUUUUAUCUGUAUGUUAAUGUUUUAUUUUUUUUAACAUUUAUUGUUCAACAGGAGCCUCUUUAGGUUGGUAUUGAUUUCAUUAAUGCAUUUAAGAUGCAGAUGACAUCACUUCUUAGUAACACUAAGCUUGUUGUGCCUGACUAGUGAGGGGACAACCUGAAAAGAUUCCUGUUGGACACACUGUUAAUGAUUUACUUUGUGUUAAUUCUCAGGUAUUUUAUGCCAUUAAUGGAUUAAAAAGGAAGUUUACAUUAAGCCAUUUGCCACAUUGAGACAUGCAUCCUCAAGUUUAGUGUCAACUAAAUUAAAUCAAAUUUUUUAAAGUGCUUGAUUUUUUUUUUUAUUUUUUUUAGGCUUUCUACCAAUGUGAUCAGCUGGUUAAGAAUAAUUUAUAUGAAUGUACAUUAUCCCCCUUAUAAAUAAUACUGUUAACGGGUAAGGAAAAACUUAGCUACAAGGUGAACAUUUUAUCUUGGCUGAAAUUUGUCAACAAGUAGCAUCAUCCUAGCUGCAGGUGUAAUGCUCUUGUGCCUUUAUAAUAUGAAUUUUAAAUGAUAUCAGACAAUCCAGCACUGUAGAAGUCAUGUUGUACCUGCUCUUUACUAUUUCUCUUUUUACAAUGUCUAUACGCACUCAAAGGGACUUAUGUAUGACAUAUUGUACUGUAAUGUUUAUUGUAAAUGUACAUCCUGGAAACAUUCCAGAAAAAUUCCCUAAAUUACUUAAAUAUAUCAAAUAUAGUCAUAAGCAACUCUGA